GUUCGCAGCCCAACACACGAGUGUCGAACGGGCAUUGCCAAUUGUCGAGGACCUUGCUGCGAACGGACCACGACUAGCAAUCGAGACACCGCUCCUCCAUACGCUCCCCCCUUUCCCCAUCACCGUCGUUGUUUGAAGCUCCUCUCGCCAUCAUGGACACCGAGAAGCUGGCUCGCAUGCAAAAUGCUGUGCGCAUUGGCGGCAAAGGCACCCCGCGGAGAAAAGUGAAGAAGGUGCACAAGAGCGCGGGAGCAGACGACAAGAAGCUGCAGUCGACGCUCAAGAAGAUGAACGUGCAGCCCAUCCAGGCCAUCGAGGAGGUCAACAUGUUCAAAUCGGACGGCAACGUCAUCCACUUCUCCGCGCCGAAGGUCCACGCCUCCGUCCCCUCCAACACCUUCGCAAUCUACGGCAACGGCGAGGACAAGGAGCUCACGGAGCUGGUGCCUGGCAUCCUCAACCAGCUCGGACCGGACUCGCUUGCGUCGCUGCGGAAGCUGGCCGAGAGCUACCAGAGCUUGCAGAAGUCGGGCGAGGGCGAGGACGGCAAGAAGGAGGACGAUGACGACGAUGAGAUACCUGAUCUGGUCGAGGGGGAGAACUUCGAGAGCAAGGGCGAUGUGGAGUAAGGUGUGGCUCGGAGUGGGACAGAUGGCCGUGAUGUGAAGAGGACGGAGGGCGGAAUAAGGCAAGAUGGAGCUUGCUGCUUUCCUUGCUCGCUUUUUCUCGGCGGCGUACAAAGGGCAUGAAGCAUGCAUAGCUGGUGCGGAAACUAAGAAUGAA